CUCAACCAUGGCUGAUACAAUCUCUUCCAAACACGAUUUCGAAUCGUCUGGAUUUGAUAAGGGAAUGAAAUUAGGGAGAGAACUCACGGGGGAUGUUGAAUCGUUUCCGUCUAGCCCACGGAAAAUCAAGUUCAGAAGUGUCCUCGUCUCUUUCCUGAUAUUUCUUUUCCUGGCCAUUUCAGCCUCAAUAAUUAUUUAUACAUUUGUUUCCGAGUCACUGUCUGUAACUAACUUCAGCCACAAGCUCUCGGAACAUAUGGAUAAAAAUUACCCUAGAAUGGGAAAGGAACUCAAGGAAUCCUACAGGAAUGAACUCAUCAGACUCUACAAAAACAGGAUCAUUACCAACGACUACGCAUUGGAAUGCGAAACCCUGGUAGAAUUUGAAACAUUCAUGGCCGAAUUCAAAAAAAAAUACGAUCAUGCAGAACGUGCCAGGAGGCACCUUAUCUUCCGUCAAAGAUACUUCGAUAUUAAAAGACAAAAGGGCGAUAAGGGCUACAGGCUGGGGAUCAACAAGUUUACUGACCUCACCGUGGAAGAAAGGCGUUCAGUAUUGUCGGAUUAUCCACCAAUUAAAGUCAGCAUGGACUUAAAUGAUAAAACCGAGCGUAAUCAGUUUAUUGAGAGGCAUAUGUCUGAUCCAAUGUAUCUUGUUAAGCUUAAAAAAGCCAAGAACCUGGACAACAGCAUCUACGACUCCUCCAAAAUUACUUCAGAUGACCUUGACUGGAGACGUGCAGAUGUUGGCACUAGAGUUAAGGAUCAGGGACUCGAUUGCUCCUGCUGCUGGGCCUUUGCUUCAGUCGCAGCUGUGGAGAGCGUCUACCAACUGCUCCAGGAUGACGACCUAGAUUUAAGUGAACAGCACCUCAUCAACUGCGAAAAUAGAUGCUCAGGAUGCAGUGGCGGAUACGUGGACCUUGCACUCGACUACGUUAAGAACAAGGGCCUACCAAAGUCCAGUGCCGUGCCAUACCUCUCCAAGGAAGAAAAGUGUGUGGAGACUGAUAGGGGUGUUUAUUACAUUGACAUGUUCCUAGUCAACAAAGGCAUUGACGUCUUUAACAAAUCGCUUCUCUGGUCACCGACUGUUGUCAACAUUGGUGUUACAGACAGUUUUUUCGACUACAAAAGCGGAAUUUACGACGGAGAAUGCUCCGUCAAUUUAAAUCAUUCAGUGUUGCUUGUCGGCGAAGGCUACGACCCCAAAACUAAGAAGAGAUACUGGGUAAUAAAGAACUCCUGGGGAAGAGAUUGGGGUGAAGACGGUUACAUGAGAUUGGAAAGAACGAUGACAGAAAACGACAAGUGUGGAAUCUUAACCGUCGGAUUAACCCCCUUGUUUAACCACUUUCUCGCAAGUGAAUAUGUGGGCCACUUCGCCAUCUAGUCCCAAGUUUUGAAAACGUGGACUAAUUUGUUCGAUUUAAUUUAUUUUUAAAUCCUUUAAUGUUUUGUUUUGUGUUACAUGUACGCUCGUAAACACACUUAUGCAGUCUCAUUUGCAUUCUUAACCUAACAUUCAGAGGUUAAAA